AUGAAGUCAUCUCUAGUUUCAAUUCUUCCAUUCUUUCUCUUCUUUCUAUCUACAUCACUUUCCCAAAGAUGCAACCAAAAUGACAAAAAAGCUCUCUUAGAAAUCAAGAAAUCCCUUGGCAAUCCCCAUGACUUAAUUACAUGGGAUCCCAAAACCGAUUGUUGUAAUGAUUGGUCCCAAACCACCCUAUCAUGUGACGACAACACCAAUCGCGUUACAUCCCUAAUCCUCAUCAAAAUCAAGAACGCCGGUUACAUCUCCCCGUCCAUCGGAGACCUUUUAUAUCUCCAACAUUUAGAUAUCACGAAUAUUCGCAAUCUUUCAGGUCCAAUUCCAUCUACAUUAGCCAAGCUUACAAAUCUCACAUUUUUAAAAAUCACUCAAACAAACAUUUCAGGAACGAUCCCUGAUUUCUUUGGUGAAAUGCAAAACAUUACAUACAUCAAUUUGUCAGAUAACAAUCUUAUGGGUACAAUUCCUCAAUCACUUGACCAACUAUCGAAUUUAUCGUACCUUCAAUUAGACAGGAACAAACUUACUGGAUCAAUUCCAGAAUCAUUCGGGAGAUUAUUAUCCCGAAAACUCGAGUUUCUUUACCUUGGACAUAAUAAACUUAGCGGAGUUAUACCGAGUUCUUUUACAAAUUGGAGCUUUGAGACCCUUGAUUUGUCUGGAAACAAGCUUGAAGGAGACAUUUCUUUCUUGUUUGGGGAGAAUUCGAAUACAUUUCAAUUGUAUUUGUCUCGAAAUAAGUUUGAAUUCGAUUUUUCAAAGUUGAAAUUUGGGGGGAAAUUAGUGAGUUUGAAAUUGAACCAUAAUAAUAUUUAUGGGGGUUUUCCUGCUGGUUUUGCUAGUAGACCAUGGCAGGAGUUUAAUAUAAGUUACAAUAAUUUAUGUGGCAAAAUUCCACAAGGUGGGUAUAUGAUAAGGUUUGAUAUCUAUUCAUAUGUCCAUAAUAAAUGCUUGUGCAAUUAUCCGUUGCCCCCUUGUAAAUCAUGAUGGAUCGACUUUGCCGCUAAGUAUUUUAAUUUUAUUUUGAGGGAUUGUCUGAUGAAAGAUAUAAAAUAAUGUAUUAUUAAUAUUGAAA